AUGAAGAAAGGGGAGACUAGCAAUGAAUCAGUUCAGGGGAAAAUGCAGGGCAACCAACAGAAGCACAAGAGCGAGCCGAAAGAGAAGAAACCACCGGACGGGGCAAUCGAAGGCGAUAAAGUCAAGCAGAGCUCACCAAACAUGAACCAAGAACGUAAGAAUGGUGGGGCUACUCAGGAAAUCCAGAAGGAGGAUAACACCCUCUCCAGAAAAAUUGUCUUUAGCCCGGUGAAAGAGGGUGCAGAGAAGGAAAGAAACCACAACUCGAAAUCUUCUGAAAAAGUGGAGAGUAAUAAAUAA